AUGUGGAGAGGAGUUAUAUCUUCAUACUCUUUAAUUGCUAUGUGUCUAUUUCCCUUGGCUGUUGGAGGAUAUUGGGCUUAUGGGAAUCUGUGGUGCACCCAUGCUCAUCAAAUCCUAUAUUCGCCGCUGAUGAUAGGGAUGGGUUGGGCUAUGAUGCCUGCGAAUGGAAUUAUAGCUGCAAUUGCCAAGUACCACCAAGAGAGCACAUCAAAGUGGGUAGCAGGCAUAAUAUACAUGAUGGUGGUGAUCCAUCGCUUAUGCACCUUCCAAAUCUAUGCCAUGAUUGUCUUCGACAACUUGGAAGGAAUAUACGUAAGUAGGCAGCACAAGGCGUGCCCGAGGUGGCUCAGAUCAUGCAUCAAGCCCUUCUUCGGCGGAUUGACAUAUUUUAUUAUCGGUGGCGUUUCCAUUUUUGGGAAGUCUGGCUGCCUUUGUGGGUGGCAUAACGUUGUCAUUGGCUCUGGUUUACCCUUGUUUUAUGUGGAUUUCAAUCAGAAAACCAACACGAAAAGCUUCAUGUGGCGUUUCAACAUGUUUCUUGGGUGUUUUUGUACAAGAGCUGGUGCAUUAUGGAAUCUGGUGGUUGAUGGAUUGGACGCCAACUUCUUUAGGCCUUAG